AUGGCUCGCUUUGGGGAUGAGGCGUCUGGGCGCUAUGGAGCCGCUCCGGGCGCGGGGAGAGGAGGUGGUGGUGGAGGUGGAGGAGGAGGUGGAGGCGCGCGGCCGGGAGGCGCACCGGGCGCUCCGAGGCUCUACAAGCAGUCGAUGGCUCAGAGAGCCCGCACCAUGGCUCUGUAUAACCCGAAGCAGACCAAGCAGAACUGCUUUACCGUCAACCGCUCGCUGUUCAUUUUCAGCGAAGACAACGUGAUCCGGAAAUAUGCCAAGAGGAUCACCGAGUGGCCUCCAUUUGAAUACAUGAUCCUUGCAACCAUCAUCGCCAAUUGUAUUGUACUGGCACUGGAACAACAUCUGCCAGAAGAUGACAAGACGCCCAUGUCAGAACGCCUGGAUGACACAGAGCACUACUUUAUCGGGAUAUUCUGUUUCGAGGCUGGCAUUAAGAUCAUCGCCCUGGGCUUUGUCUUUCACAAAGACUCCUACCUUCGCAACGGCUGGAAUGUAAUGGACUUCGUGGUUGUCCUCACUGGGAUUUUGGCCAAGGUGGGUUCAGAUUUUGACCUGAGGACACUGAGGGCCGUGCGAGUGCUGAGACCUCUCAAGCUGGUGUCAGGAAUUCCUAGUCUACAGGUGGUGUUGAAGUCCAUAAUGAAGGCCAUGGUUCCUUUGCUGCAGAUUGGCCUGCUGCUCUUCUUUGCCAUUGUCAUGUUCGCCAUCAUAGGAGUGGAGCUCUACAUGGGCAAGUUUCAGCAGACCUGCUUCAAAAAUGGGACAGAGGAGGUGGCAGCAGAUUUCCCAUGUGGAUCCAGGGAGUGUCCCAAUGACACUGAGUGUAGGUCCGGCAAAGCGUGGAAAGGACCGAACUACGGAAUCACUAACUUUGACAACAUCUUGUUCGCCAUACUUACUGUCUUCCAGUGCAUCACCAUGGAAGGAUGGACCGAUGUCCUUUACCAUACCAAUGACGCCGUGGGCAGCAUGUGGAACUGGAUGUACUUCAUCCCCCUUAUCAUCAUUGGCUCCUUCUUCAUGCUCAAUCUGGUUCUGGGUGUCUUAUCAGGAGAAUUUGCUAAAGAAAGAGAGCGUGUGGAGAAGAGACAGGAGUUUCUGAAGCUACGCAGGCAGCAACAAAUUGAGAGAGAGUUGACUGGCUACCUGGAGUGGAUCUGUAAGGCAGAGGAGGUACUGCUGGCUGAGGAAGAUGAGAAUGCAGAAGAGAAAUCUCCACUGGAUGGAGCGUGGUACAAGAGGAAACAGAACAACCCAGUACUAAAAAGAGCCAAGGUCAAGAAGGGUAAGAACGACCUCAUCGGUGCUGAGGAGAGUGAGGAACACUUCACAGACAUUUCCUCAGUUGCGCCCCCUGGAUCUCCCUUUGCCCGAGCCAGCUUGAAAAGCAGCAAGAAUGACAGCUCGUCAUAUUUCCGACGCAAAGAGAAACGUGUGCGCUUCUUCAUCCGCCGCAUGGUGAAAGCACAAAGCUUCUACUGGAUUGUGCUGUGCAUAGUGGGAUUGAACACAUUGUGUGUGGCCAUUGUACACUACGAUCAGCCUGAGGGGCUCACCCAAGCACUUUACCUGGCCGAGUUUGUGUUCCUGUGUCUAUUUCUAACUGAGAUGACUCUCAAGAUGUACGGCCUGGGGCCCAGGAACUACUUCCAUUCCUCAUUCAACUGCUUUGACUUUGGGGUCAUCGUGGGGAGUAUAUUUGAGGUGGUGUGGGCAGCCAUCCAACCUGGAGCCUCUUUCGGUAUUAGCGUCUUGAGGGCUUUGCGUUUGCUCCGAAUAUUCAAAGUGACCAAGUAUUGGAACUCUUUGAGGAAUCUGGUGGUGUCGUUGCUCAACUCAAUGAAAUCCAUCAUCAGCUUGCUCUUCCUCCUCUUCCUCUUCAUUGUGGUUUUUGCCUUGCUGGGGAUGCAGCUCUUUGGAGGACAGUUUAAUUUUGAUAACGAAACGCCAACUACGAAUUUCGACAACUUCCCUGCUGCCAUAAUGACUGUCUUCCAGAUUUUGACAGGAGAAGACUGGAAUGCAGUGAUGUAUCAUGGGAUUGAGUCUCAGCACGGUGUCCCAUUUGGGAUGUUCUUCUCCAUUUACUUUAUCAUCCUAACUCUCUUUGGAAACUACACUCUUCUUAAUGUGUUCUUGGCUAUCGCUGUCGAUAACCUUGCCAAUGCUCAGGAGCUGACGAAGGAUGAGGAGGAGCAAGAGGAAGCGGCCAAAAAGAGCAUGGCACUGCAGAAGGCCAUGGAGGUCAAGGAAGUCAGCCCGAUGUCAGCAGCUAACAUUUCCAUCGCAGCUUUUGUAAAGCAAAAUCGAGAUGUGCUCUCUCGCAGCUCUUCCGUCAGCAGCGUUCACUCACUCAAGGAGCAACAGCGCUCUCUACAGAAGAAAUCCAUCUGGGAGCAGCGCACUACCCAACUACGUCACCACAACCUGCGCAACAGCAGCGAAGCGCUUUACAACGAGCUGGAGCCUGAGGACCAGAUGCGAAUGUCAUCAGGGCUCCAUCUGCGCCCUGACAUGAAGAUGCACCAUGAUCGGCCCUUGACCGUAGAGAAAUCGCAACCUCCAGAGGGCAGGGACAAUCCAGAGGAGGCACCUCCUCACAAACAUCACCGGUGUCGCGGAGAGAAUGGUGAGGCUGGAGAAGGACGCCGCCAUCGGCACCACCGCGCCGGUGAACACAGAGAGCAGCAGGAUAAAGGACCCAGGAACAAGACAGAGAAUGGGGAUGAUGAUAGGGAGCACCAUCACUACCAUUCUCACCGGUCCAGAGAGUCAGAUGGUGAUGGCAGUAAUGGAGCGAGAGGAGAACGACUUCAGAGAGGGCACAAAGAGGGUGAAGCAGGGAAUGGUGAGAGGAGGAGACGUAGGCCUCGCGUCAAAGCCCAAACCACGCUUGACCAGGAGGAGAGCCGGGAAAACAAAGAGAGAGAUACACCAAGCCACAGGGACAGGCUUAUGGAUACAGAGGGUGAUGGUUUGAGUUCGAGUUCUGUGCCAUCUCCUACUGAGAGACAAGAGGACUCAGAUAACCUAAAAAACAGCACGAAGGCGAGAUCAACUGCAGUCAGCAUCCCUGUUACCAUUACUGCUCCACCGGGAGAGACCACCGUUAUUCCCAUGAAUAAUAUAGAUGGUGAGAGCCUGCUCCUAAAUGAUGAAAAGAAGGACCUGGAUGAGCUGAAUCAGAAUGCUCCUAAACCCAUCUUACCGUACAGCUCCAUGUUUGUGUUUGGUCAGUCCAACCCUGUACGAAGGUUGUGUCACUAUGUGGUGAACUUGCGCUACUUUGAGAUGUGCAUUCUCAUGGUGAUCACCAUGAGCAGUAUCGCACUCGCUGCAGAAGACCCUGUGAAUGCUGCUGCUUUUCGGAAUAACGUGCUGAAAUAUUUAGAUUACAUCUUCACUGGCGUGUUCACAUUUGAAAUGGUGAUAAAGAUGAUUGACCUCGGACUGCUUCUCCACCCUGGCUCCUACUUCAGAGACCUGUGGAAUAUUCUAGACUUCAUUGUGGUCAGCGGUGCCCUGGUGGCUUUUGCCUGCUCGAGCUUCAUGGGAUCACAACAAAGCGUAACCAGAGGAACCAAAGGCAAGGACAUCAACACCAUCAAGUCCCUCAGGGUUCUCCGUGUGCUCCGGCCUCUCAAGACCAUCAAACGGCUGCCUAAACUCAAGGCGGUGUUUGAUUGCGUGGUGAACUCACUGAAGAACGUGCUCAACAUCCUCAUCGUCUACAUCCUCUUCAUGUUCAUCUUCGCUGUUAUCGCCGUGCAGCUCUUCAAAGGAAAGUUCUUCUACUGCACAGACGAAUCCAAAGCUCUUGAAAAGGACUGCAGGGGUCAGUUUUUGGAUUACGAUGGAGAUAAGGUGGAAGCCAAGGCGCGUGUAUGGAAGAAGUAUGAUUUUCACUACGAUAACGUGCUGUGGGCUUUCCUCACGCUCUUCACCGUUUCUACAGGAGAGGGUUGGCCUAUGGUGCUGAAACACUCGGUAGACGCCACUUAUGAAGACCAAGGUCCAAGCCCAGGCUACCGCAUGGAGAUGUCCAUUUUUUAUGUGGUUUACUUUGUGGUCUUCCCAUUUUUCUUCGUCAACAUUUUCGUAGCUUUGAUCAUCAUCACGUUCCAGGAGCAAGGGGACAAAGCCAUGUCUGAGUGCAGCUUGGAGAAGAAUGAGAGGGCGUGCAUUGACUUUGCCAUUAAUGCCAAACCCCUGACUCGCUACAUGCCCCAGGAUAAGCAGUCCUUCCAGUACAAGAUGUGGAAGUUCGUGGUUUCAACACCGUUUGAAUAUUCCAUCCUGGCGAUGAUUGCCGUCAAUACGGUGGUUCUCAUGAUGAAGUUCAGUACCGCUUCGAAGCCUUAUGAGGACAUGCUGAAGUGGCUGAACAUUAUUUUCACUGCCCUCUUCACCCUGGAAUGUAUCCUGAAGAUCAUCGCUUUUGGUCUGCUGAACUAUCUAAAGGAAGCCUGGAACAUAUUUGACUUUGUAACUGUACUGGGCAGCAUCACUGACAUCCUGGUCACUGAAAUAAAGACGCAGAACAAGCUGAUCAACUUAAGCUUUCUGAGGCUGUUUCGAGCUGCUCGACUCAUCAAGCUUCUGAGACAGGGCUACACCAUCCGGAUUCUGCUCUGGACCUUUGUUCAGUCUUUUAAGGCACUGCCCUAUGUGUGUCUGCUCAUUGCCAUGCUCUUCUUUAUAUACGCCAUCAUUGGAAUGCAGGUAUUUGGAAACAUUGAGUUAAACGAUGAAUCAGCAAUCAACCAACACAACAACUUCCAGACCUUCCUUCAGGCGCUCAUGCUACUCUUCAGGAGUGCCACGGGCGAGGGGUGGCAUGAGAUUAUGCUGUCGUGUUUGGGUGGCAAGAGAUGUGACCAGCGCUCGGGUUCCAAUGACAAUAGUUGUGGCAGCGAUUUCGCCUACUUCUAUUUCGUUUCCUUCAUCUUCCUCUGCUCGUUCCUGAUGCUGAAUUUGUUUGUGGCUGUCAUCAUGGACAAUUUCGAGUACUUGACACGAGAUGCCUCCAUCCUCGGACCUCACCAUCUGGAUGAGUUCAUCCGUGUCUGGGCAGAUUAUGACCCUGCCGCCUGUGGGCGCAUAUCCUACCUCGAUAUGUACGAAAUGCUACGUCACAUGUCCCCUCCGCUAGGUUUGGGAAAGAAAUGUCCAUCGCGAGUUGCCUACAAGCGCUUGGUGAGGAUGAACAUGCCCAUUGCUGAAGACAACACAGUCCACUUUACAUCCACGCUGAUGGCUCUCAUACGCACCGCUCUGGAUAUCAAACUGGCAUCAGGUGUUCUUGCUCAGCGUCUCUGUGAUGCUGACUUAAGGAGGGAGAUUGGUAAAGUGUGGCCCAGCCUGUCGACAAAAACUGUGGACUUGCUGGUAACACCACACAAACAUAACGAGUUAACAGUCGGGAAAGUGUACGCUGCGCUUAUGAUCUUUGAUUACUACAAGCAGAACCGGGCCAAAAGACUCCAGGAACAGCAGCCCACUUCAGGAACACUGAGUAAAAUGGGGUCUCUCUUCAAGCCCAUGUUGCCCCUCACCCAUAUACAUGAACAAGAGCAACCAAUGAAGAGUUCCAAAAUACCACCUUCUGAUUCAUAUCCAUAUUCAGAGUUCCCGCCCACAACCACUCGCUUGACCAAUGGAGAGCCAGUAAAAAGCACUAGCAUGAAGAUUUCUUCUUCAGCUGAUACGCUUGGGAUGAGCAGGAAUUCUGUCUAUUCAGAAGAUGUGCAAAAAACUGAAUCUCAGGAAUUAGUAGAGAUGACGGAUACAGAGAAUAAUUCUGAUGUAGGGGGCUUCUCCACACUGGAGGGCCACGGGAGGGCAGCUUCAAUGCCCAGACUUAGUGCAGGCUUCCAGCGGACCCAGUUGCGCCACACCACCGGGAUAUACCUUGCACCCAUCUUGGACAGCAGUCCCAUGCGGCGCUCAGCCUCCUCUUUGGCCUCUCAGAGAGGAGGGACAGAGUUGAAUUUGAAGGAAUACGCAUUGGAGCGUCCUGCAGCAGCACAAACGCAGGAGAAAGAAAGAGACAGGUUGCACCAACAUCAUCAUCAUCAUCACCAUCAUCGAUGUCAGCGCCGUAGGGACAAGAAGCAUAAAUCCCUGGAUCGAGCUAUCAGUGAGGAACAACCUGGCACUGUGGGUACAGUGGUGGAUCUGAGCAUUGAGCCACAGGAUCGAGCACGUGACAGAGAGAGAGACCGAGGUCGUUCUCACGAGAGGAAACAGCAUUCAUCUUCGGCCACCGACAGAAAGCAGCGUUACUACUCUUGUGAUCGCUAUGGAAACAGAGAGCACUGUCACAGCCGAUCACCUGGGCCAAGCAGAUCUACUUCACCGGCAGAUCAACACGAAUCCAACAGAUUCAAAAUGGGUGUUAACUCAACUAAGGGCAGCCCGGGGGUCUUCACCUCAGGCUGCAGUACGCCUAGUCGUGGAAGGAGACAACUGCCUCAGACUCCCCUCACCCCAAGGCCUGCAGUGUCCUUUAAGUCUACCAGCUCUUCCACACUACAGACGGCUGCCACCCGCUCGUCCGUCCCGAUCCCCACCUACCUGAGCCGAGGUCAGUCUGAGCACGACGCGCUGCUCGGCAUCACCCACCAAGCAUCUCCUGUGCCUGUUACGCGGAUCGGAUCUGACCCCAACAUUGGCCCCCUGCAGCAUGACCCCCACCUGUCAGAGGCAGAAGAUUUCCACGAUGCAUUGAGCACUUACGGCUCAGGACGUUUUCCAAGGACGGUCUCUGCCACCCAUUCGUCCAUCGCGGCAGUACCGUCCAUGGUCCAGCAGAGUCGAAGUGGAGUGCCCAAUGGUUACCACUUCACCCUGGGAGUUAGUGCAUCUCUUGGCUCAAGUGUCAGGAUUUCCCCAAGCUAUCAUGAUACAGAGAAGGAUGACUGGUGCUGACCAAUACAUCUCUUAAAUGUGUCUUUAAACAGUGCAGGAUGAGUUUUAUCAUCUUUGCCUCAAGAUAGUCAGACAUCUCGUUCAUGUCUUGGUGAAGAUAGAGUGGAAGCUUGGGGAGUCUAGAAGACAGGAUGAGUUAUACAUUUUUUCCUGAAUGUGGCAUGAUGAUACUUCCUCCUGUCAAGAUGGUUCUCUCAACAUAGAUUGUAUGAGUAUGAGUGCCAUGAUGAAUUUGAUAACCCACGAUAGGUGAGCUCUGGUCUGCCACUUCAGCAAUGUCCUCAGUGCUAGCAAACACUGCCCUCCGCUCUCUGGAAUCAUAUUAAUAGGGCUACAAUUGACAGAGGGACAGAGGGCAGAGAGAUACAGCCAUGUUUCAAUUGAAAGCACAAUCUGUAACGAAAGUGCAGGACGUCUACUCGUCUUUAUGGUGUUGUUAAGAACGUGGACCUCUCUUUAGUUCUUAAAAAAAAAAAAAGAUUAUACAUCCUUGGGUUUGUCUGGACUUCUUUGUCUUAACAAUUCUUUCCCUGCUGCUGCUUUAUGCUGUUUCUUCCUCUUGUAAGUGGCACAGAUAAAAUGCUCCCGGUAGCUAGGGGGAAAAAAAAAAACAUAACAUAAUAAACAGAAUAAAAAACACAAAUUGUAAUUAGUUUUUUAAGAGAUUGCAGUAGAGUGAGCAUCUUUUCAGUGUUCCUUUUUGUACCUCGUACAUGAAGUGUGUAGCUGGGUGUAAAUUGUGGUUAUUUAAAUUACCAUAGUCAUCUUGUCAGCUCAAACCAGUUCUUUUGAGGUUUCUCAUCAACAAGGCAUUUGGGUCUGCUCUUUUUUUAAGGUAAGGUCUACUCUUUUUUUUUUUUUAACACUAUGUUACCCUUAAGUGGUAAAAUACCAAGUGCCUAACCUCUGCGGUUGUUUACUGUAUGGGUAUGAUGUAUUGUGAGGCAUUAUAACCUGAGAAAGGUAAAUACUGGAUACUGUACACUGUAGGUAAAUGUCACAGGUAUUUGUUCCUUAUAUGUAUGUUACGAAGACAGAGAUUAUGGCGUUGCACAAAAGAGAGACUAUAAAUAAGAUUUUAAUAGAUGUUUGUAAAAGUAUUUAAGACACAUACGCGAGAAAUCUGUGAGCUGCAGGGUCGAUAGCACCAACAACGUAGCAUUGAGAAGGUACUGUAACGAAAGAACACGAGACGACGCUGGAAUCGUUUUUCACGAAAUCUGAAUUGAAUGCAUGUUCGGAGUUUCUACACUUGGUGUUGGAUGUUGUUGUAACUUUGCAGUGUGUGGUGUUCAUUUUAUUUUGCCAAAGAGUACAUGGUGAGCUCUUGCCUUUCUAGUAUUAGACUGAAUUAAUUACAUGGAAUUAAGAAAGACUACAUUUUUUGGGUCGGAAGAAUAAAAUACGUUCCUAAAAUACAUGUAUUUCACUUCACUCAUAUACAUUUUGAUCAUGCUAUCGAAAUUAACAUAAUUGCUCAAACUUUUCUUAGUAAACAAGUAAGAUAUGGCUUUUUGAUAGCUUUUAAACAUCAUAUUAUUACCUAAUAGGACAAGAAUCAUGUUUAUUUGUAUUUCACACUCACCAGCUAUUUUAAUAGGAACACCUUGUGCAUCAUAAACCAGCAGCAUGAAGCAUAAAAUAAUACAUAUAGACAUUAAGAGUGGCAUUUAAUGUUUACAUUAAAUAUAAGCUUUGGGGAAACCCAACAAUACAAUGGUUUUUAAGGGUUUUCAUGCACAACAGCGAUCGAUGCUUCUGAGGGCGGCACAGUGGCUUAUUGGUUAACAAUUGGUUAAAAAUACUGUGGCCUCGCUCAUCCAGGGUCCGGGUUAGAUUCCUUCCUGCCUCAGGUCUGUGUGUAUGGAGUUUGCAUGUUCUCCCCCGUGCUUGGUGGGUUUCAUCCCAUAGCUCAAGACAUGCAGAUUAGGAUUAUUGGCGUUCCCAAGAUGCCUGUGUGGUGUAAAUCAGUGUGUGAGUGCCCUGCGAUGGAUUGGCAGCACAUCCAGGGUGUACAGUACCCCACCUCGUCUCCUGGGAUAGGCUCCAGGCCCACCCCGUGACCCUGUGUACGGAAUAAAGUGAUGUUGAUGAAGAGUGAAUGAGUGAUGUUUCUGUAGAUAGAAAUGAACAGUCUGAUUUAUUCAGACGUACAGGACGUCUUAAGGUCUAAGGUAUCUCAAAUAACCAAAUAAUUUUUUACAGUCCUAGUUAGCAGAAAAGCAUCUCAGAAUCUCUGUAAAGACUGUUGUGCAUUAACCCACAACACAUUAACCCCUUAGGGGAUCGAGAUACAACAGCAGAAGACCGCAUCAAGUUGUACUCAUGUCUGCCAAGAACAUGAUAGACAGCUUAAAAUUGGAACCACAUUGCCUAGGCCGUUGCUGAUUUUUAUCUGUCUUUAUCUGUCAGUUUUAUUUGUGGGUCUUUUGUUCUUUCAGUCUCAUCAACUUCAAGGAUUAGUGUGUUUUGCAUUUUGAGAUGCUUUUCUGUUCAGGGCAGCUGUAAAUUGUGGUUAUUUAAAUAACCGUAGCCAUCUUGUCAGCUCAAACCAGUUUGCUUAUUCUUUUGAGGGUUCUCAUCAACCAGGCAUUUCCACCCAUAGAAGCGUUGCUCUGUAGAAACUGUUGUGCAUGCAAAGAUGUUGGAGUAUAGCUCAGAAGUUCACAGGUUCAAUUCCCAGACCCUCUGAACUUCUCAAAUAUAUAAUGACAUUAGAAAAUAAAAAUCUACAUAUGUAUGUAAGUUGCUCUGGAUAAGAGCCUUUUCCAAUUGUAGUAAAUGAACUGAAACUCUUGACCCGUGUCUGCAUGUUUUUAUACAUUGCACUGCUUCCUUAUGAUUGGCUGAUUGGCUUGGUAGUUUCAUGAAUGAGCAGGGUAAUGGUGUUCCUAGUAAAGAAGAUGAGUGCAGAUGGUAUUUCUCAGACAAAAGCUUCCUUGUGAGUGCAGGGAUGAGAUGACUGUUGAAAAACAGAACAGCAGGGCUAUGCAACAAGGCGACACUUUAUAAUCGCUUCUCAUCCUCUGUAGCUUUAUCUCCUAGAUUCUGCCGAUCUGGGACCAAGACAAUUCUGUUCAGUUUAUACAUUAAAGUGAUGAAUGCUGUGACAUGCAGUUUAUUGGAAAUGCAGUGAGGCCAAGUAAUAGGUGUUAACAAGCGUGUAAACAGGACAAAUGCAUGCCAUCGUCCUGUCCUCAAAAGUGAAUUUGAAUUUAUGUUGUUCAGCUGAGUACGGACCAUGAAGUGUUUUAUUUGAAUAAAAAAAUUGGUGGAUAAUUCAAAUAAUUUUAUUUUUCAAAACUAAUUGACCUCACAUUGAUCUAACUUUCACCAUGUUUUUCCUUUCAGUUCUCACUUUCUGGAGGGGAAAUGGGAUAUGUAUAUCUUUACCUAUUCUAAAGCCAUUCC